ACUGAGCAUGCAGUCAGGCUCCAUGUCUCUCCUGGGCUAUCCUGGGGAUUGCAAUGGAACAUCCUACAGAACUCACUGUUACAUCCCAGUGACUCCUUCUGUUGCUCUUUGCUCCAGUGAUGUAAGCCCUGCCUUUGGGCUCUGCUUACCCAGCAGCUACCAAGGAAAUCUCUGGCUCCUGGAUAACUGCCAAGAAACCUAUGAUGAAACACCAAGCUGUGAAUCUCCCAGCUGUGAGCUCAAGACCUGUACUGCAAGUUGUACAAACUCCUGUGUGCCCUGCAACUCUCCGACAGUGGGCAACGUUGGCAGUGCCUGUGAAACUACCAACAUUGGCUCCGACCCCAGCUGCAGCCCACGCACUCAGACCAAUGGGUACGUAUCUGAUUGCUACGCACCCAGCCAAUGUGCAUCUAAAGCCUGCCAGACCCUCAGCAACGGCUUCAAAUGCUUUGGGCAACUCAAUUGCUUGUCCAACAGUCUCAGGCCCCUAAGCUACUGCAGACUGGGUAGCUUGGGGUAUAGAAGCUAUCAAAACCUUGGCUUCAUACGCAGUGGCUUCUCACCAUCGUGUUAUAUCCCCAGAAGCUGCCAAUUCCAAAGCUAUUUGAUGAGAAGUUCCCGAUAUCCAAGUUAUGGACCUGUGAGCUGCCAACCGCUGAGAUAUUUUUCUAGAAACUUCCAGUCUCUGAGCUACAUACCAAGUACCUUUCCUCCUCUGAGGUAUUUAUGCAGUAGUUGCAGACCUCUGAGUUGCUAUUGAUCAACCAAUUGCAUUUGCGACUACUGGAAAUUGUCCAGUGGGGCUUAUUCUACCAAGUGGUCAUCUUCUCUAAUAUUCUGCUGAAUUACUUCAUGCGUCCUAAGAAUCUUAUUAUAUUACCUCAAAUACAACUCUAGGACUGUUUAACCACAAUCAUCAACACUUGCUAGCUUUUUUUUUUUCUGUUGCUUUGUUAACGUCUCUUGUGUUGAGACCUGACCCUGAAGGUAGUAUUGUUCUGCGAUGGACUAUGAUGGAUGCACUGAAGAGAUUCCACAUAAAAUACAACCAUCGCCAGCUUUCCUAUUGUGACUGUUGCUCUCAAUUGUCUGCCAGUGGGAGUAUCCCCUACCUUCUUGAUAAAGGAGGGUCUUUUUGGUUUGACUAAUGAUUUCAGCAUGUUCUUUUAGAUAGUUUUGCUUUUUCAUCAAUAGUUUUGUGGACUGCUUAACUAGCAUCCUGCUAAUGAGCUAAGAGAGAGCAUUGCCUUAGAUAAGCUAUGCUGAGCUAUUUCACCCAUCCCCUACUGACUGAUUAUAAGGAUGUGCAAGCAGCAAUGUCCAACUACAGCUCAGAAUUGGAAGACCUUCAGCAAAUCUUCUCUUCCAAAGAAGGCCUGGAGUCCUCAAUUGGCCGGCAUUUGGCUUUUGUUCUCAAUGCCGAGAAGAGAGCCUCAGGAGUAGCAGCACAAGAAUUGUUUGUUGAAAGAAUGACAAAAUACUCUUACAGACUGUUCAUGGUUAGUGAUAAUCUAUGUUCAUGAUUCUGCUAUAAUCCUCCCCUGCUGAAUUAUUGCUUUCUGAUUUUAGAAAAGGUCCUGGUUCGUAGUUAAUAAACAAACUUCUAUUGGGAAAUAAUGA